AUGCAGCAGCUUCUCUCCAAGGAAUUCUUGUACGAGCCAUUGCAGGAGAUCGCAGCGAAGUACCCUGAUUGGCUAGCCAAGAACAAGGGCGUCAUUCCUACCGAGGAGUACGAGAAAUAUUCGGAGCAGUUUGGGAUUAUACAGGAGAUCUGUCGAUGUUAUGACGCUGAGCCGGAGAAUGUAGAGAAAAUUGUUGAGUUGAUGCAGAAGAUGCAGAGAUGCGGUCAGCCCCCUUCGGAAAUUGUUAAAGUCUGUCUUGCUUGCUUCCUUGUACUCCUCUGA